CAUUCAUUCGAAAAAAAGGAGCCAAAAAGACAAAGUGAAAGAGGAAAAAGUCAGUGCAAAUUAAAAAUGCAAGGAAAAACACAUAUUGUUAUAGUUGAAAACACAAAAAAAUAGAAAACCGAUUUAACCACCGCCACUGCCACCUUCACCUUCUCCACCGUCCCUGCCACCAUUUUAACCAUCUCGUAAACAGUUGAAGGAAAAAACAAAAGAAAACUCACAAAAUAUAAUCCUUUUUCUGUUGAAUCGUUAUUGUUGUUUUGAUGUCAGCUAAAGAAGAUGCCAAGGGAAGGCGGCCUGGGAAAGGGAAGGCCAAAUGGAUCCGGAUUCUUCUCGGAGUUGGGUAUUGGGUCCAAGGUUUCAGGUGUUUUCCAUGGAUGGCUGUUAACUUUUUUCUGAAAGAUAGUGUUAAAGUAGACUCUUCAACUCUUCAAAUUCUUCAGAAUUCGGUUAAUCUCCCUAUGGUUGGGAAGCCCAUCUAUGGUGUCGUUUCCGAUGCCGUUUAUAUUUCUGGCCAGCACCGUGUUCCUUAUAUAGCCAUUGGUGCUUUCUUACAGGCAAUGUCAUGGCUAACAAUAGUGAUACUUUCACAAUCAAACAUAUCAGUUGUCACAUUGAGCUUAUAUCUUCUCCUCAGUAACCUUGGCGCUUCAGUAGCUGAGGUUGCUAACGAUGCCAUUGUUGCUGAGAUGGGAAAAUCCGAAAAUUCUCAAUCAGCUUCCUCAGGUGAGCUCCAGUCAUUUGUUUGGAUGGCUUCUUCUGUUGGUGGAGUCCUUGGAAACCUGUUAGGUGGCGCUGCCAUUGACAGAUUUUCGCCCCAGUCAAUGUUCAUCUUUUUCGGACUUCUCCUUGUGCUCCAGUUUCUUAUAACUAUCUCUGUUCCUGAACGCUCUCUUAACCUUCCAAAAAGUCCAUCAAAUGUUGGGAUCAGGAAACAGCUUUCAGAACUUUCAGCUGCCCUACAAAAACCUGAGAUAGCUUACUCAAUAGCCUGGUUUGCUGCAUCAUAUGCCAUAAUUCCAGCACUGACAGGAACAAUGUUCUUUUACCAAACACAGUAUUUGAAGAUUGAUGCCGCUGUAUUGGGAAUUUCUAAGGUGUUUGGCCAGGUAGUAACUCUGUUAUGGGGUAUCAUCUACAAUCGUAGCUUAAAGUCAGUCCAACCAAGGAAACUGAUUGAAACUAUUCAGGCGACAAUGGCAGUAUUCAUGAUUUCAGAUGUGUUGUUUAUUAAAGGGAUUUAUCGACAGAUGGGGGUGCCAGACUCUAUCUACAUUGUGGUUUUCUCUGGUGUCUUGGAGGUUCUAUUCUUCUUCAAGAUCCUGCCCUUUAGUAUUCUGAUAGCUCAACUCUGCCCUCGAGGAUGUGAAGGGUCUCUAAUGGCAUUUGUAAUGUCUGCUGUAGCCCUUGCAUUCAUAGUGAGCGGAUACCUUGGUGUUGCAUUGGCAUCAUACUUGGGGGUCACAGGAAAUGAUUUUUCUGGAUUACCUCUUGGCCUUCUAAUUCAGGCAGUUUGUACCUUCCUGCCGCUAUUUUCAUCAUCAUGGAUACCUGAUCAGAAAUCUAAAACCAGGACAGAGUAAAUAAUGUCAGUCCUUUCAAGAAUGGUAUGAAAUGCAUCCAUGGUGCCGUUUUAGCCUUAUUUCGUUUUGAACAUGAUUGCUUUUUACUAACAUUCUUUAUUUUAUUUUCACAGCAAUAUUUAUUAUGAACAUACAAACAAUAAGAACAGUCACAGGUAGUUUUAGGAACUUCGCUAUAGACAUGAUAUCUUUGGACUGGUUAUUGCAAGUGAAGGAAAGAUUUUAAGACUUAAAUCAGUCAAAAAAACUUGGUAUAUAUAGUGGCCAGUAAUGUAUGUGAGAAUGAGAUA